AUUGUAUCUAUCUUGACCUCCUUAGAAUUCAACCCAUUAAGGCGUCUGCAAAAGCGACCCUCGUUCUCUCUCCGAGUCUUUUUCAAUAAAAUGGAUAUAAUCUCCGAGUUCAUGAUGCACACGACACUCACAGCCCAUUUAAUCCGCCAGAAUCCAGAUUCCAGAUUACUACCCCACCCCCCAGAAAAAGAAAGAAAAGAAAAGAAAAGGAAAACAGAUAAAUACUCUCUGGAGUCUUUCCUCCCCCAGACGAGCAACAUCUGUGAACCAGGGGAGGUUUCUGUCCGGAGUUCAUACUUGAAUAGUACAUAGUACGAAGAAAGUACUAAUGAGGUUUAACGUCUGACCACCGCUUCGAAUAAUCCGAAACUCGAGACGGAAGCAACGUGGUGGAUUGUUUACAGGUUCUUCUUCUUCUUCUUCUGAAGAGUAUUGCUUCUGCCUGGUGACGCCUCUGUAUGUCGUGGAAGAUUAAGAUGUCGAACUGGGUUUCACUACCAGCAGAUCCAAAGAGUAGAUCAUGCCUCCUUUGCAGUCUCCUCCUUGCUGCAGCUUUGAUAUGUCUAGCUUUUUUCAGUGGGGGUGCAUUUAUAACUACAGAUAAUGAAGAAAGAUUGUCAAGAUGGGUAAUGGUUGAUAACAUGCAGAAGAACACAAAGUCUAAUACGUGCAAGAAUCAAUGCAAGCCCAAUGGAAGCGAAGCAUUGCCAAUGGAUAUUAUUUCAAUGCAGUCUGACUUGGAAAUGCAGCCAUUAGGGGGCUUGCCAAUGAAAAUGAAGAGUGCAAAUCUGUCGAUGAACUUGGUGGCCAUAGCAGUUGGAAUAGAGCAAAAAGAAAAUGUAAAUCAAAUGGUUAAGAAGUUUCUCUCAAGUAAUUUUGUAUUGAUGCUAUUUCAUUAUGACGGUGUGGUAAAUGAAUGGGGGGAAUUUGAAUGGAGUGAUCAAGCUAUACAUAUUUCUGCAGCUAAUCAAACUAAAUGGUGGUUUGCCAAACGUUUCUUGCAUCCUGACAUAGUUGCUGAAUACAAUUAUAUUUUUCUCUGGGAUGAGGAUCUUGGACUAGAAAACUUUCACCCAGGAAGGUAUUUAUCAAUCAUCAAAGAUGAAGGGUUGGAGAUUUCACAGCCAGCACUAGAUCCCAAUUCAGAGGUACAUCAUCAAAUUACUAUGCGUGGGAGGAGGUCAACAGUGCACAGAAGGAUUUAUAAGUCAAAAGGUACGGGGAAGAAGUGCGACAGUAACAGUACAGAUCCUCCAUGCACAGGGUGGGUAGAAUUGAUGGCACCCGUAUUCUCAAGAGCAGCUUGGCGCUGCACAUGGUAUAUGAUUCAGAAUGACUUGAUUCAUGCAUGGGGCCUUGAUAUGCAGCUCGGUUAUUGUGCUCAGGGUGAUCGAACCAAAAAUGUUGGAGUGGUGGAUUCAGAAUACAUAGCUCACCUGGGAUUUCCUACUCUUGGUUUAUCUGAAAACAAGGCACCAUCCAAGUCCCGUGGAAAGAAAGAUAGUAGAUAUCAUGUGAGGUUGCAAUCACACAUUGAACUGGAGAUCUUCAAGAAUAGAUGGAGGGAAGCAGUUGAAGAGGACAAAUGUUGGAUUGAUCCAUAUCAACAAUCAACUAAUGAGAAUAGCUUUUAGUGUAUAUUUGUCCUCUUUUGAACUUUGACUGGGUGGACAGUUCGUGUGACACAUACAUUAAAUGGACUUACACUGGUGCACAUCAUCUUAUUGGAUGGAUUGAACGGCGACGCCAACCCAAGCAGCUAUCUUAGCUCGGUUUUAUUGAGAGAGUAGGACUCGGGCAUUCGGGCUAUUCAUUUGAGGGAUCGCCAACAUUUAUAUCAUCAUUUUUUUUUCAAUAAGAUACCAAAGUGGAUUAUUGACUCAUUCCAUACUACAAAUAAUCACAGGAAUGUAAAUAUGCUUUUCUUGGUGAGUGUUCAUAUUUUGAUCUGCUGUAAAUGUAAUCAUUGUAAUUCUGUCAUCAUUCCUUGCAAUUGUAAUGCAUAAGCUUGUAAUGAGCAGUGAGCUAGAAGAAGUAAAGGAGUCUGUUAAUGGAAUUUAUGUCCUGUUUGUAAACAGGGUAAACAAUCAUUUUUUAUAGUUGUUUAUCCAAUUCUUCAUUACUUUUUCUA